AUGUAUCGAGCCAUAGUGGAAGGCAACCCCGUGUGUUACAAACGGCGUAUGGAGCUGGAGCGGCGCUUGCACGAGGAACGACUGAAGGCCGUUAAGCCGGUCGUACGGCCCAGCCCUCCAUGCCAGACUCCCCGGACUGGCCGGAAUCUCAAAUAUGAGACUCAGAGUCAUGAGAGGUUCCAGGAGAUCGAUAGAGACAACAAACUGCUUCUGGAUAAACUAUACAAAAUAAUGGUACGGUCGCCGUGCACUGCAGCGCUUACAGAGCCGAGAGGUCCCUCCAGCUUGAACUGGAAGAAUCGAAAGGACGAAGAAGAACGAAUCGCCUAUAACAACAAAUUUACCUAUCAAAAAAUAGCAGAGGCGAAACCGCUAUACACUCUAGAAGACUGGCAGAAACACACCGCCUUCCACGCCCAAAGAUUUCGAAAUGUUUGUGAACAUCCGGCAAUCCUCGACAUGAAAGAGAUACCGAUACCGGGGAAGCCCGCGUACCCACACGCGACUUCACGACCUGUUUCCUCACCAGGAAAGCCGAUGCUGAUACGGAAUUUCAGUGCGUACCGGAUUCCAAUAACUCCGCGACGCCGGCCGCCCAACAAGACCCGGCCUGAGUCGCAGCCACCUGCUAGAACUGGGAAGAAAACUCCUAUCAACUGCCAAUCCUUCCAAGCGAGUCGGGCCUAUCUUCAUUCGAAUGACAGGGAAUACUCACGGUCUCUCGUGGAAGCGGCAAAAUCCAGACGUCAUUUGUCAGCCCCGGCCAAACCUCCAAAAUAA